AUCGCGUGGCUUCUUUUAGUGGCACUUUAUUGCGCCGGACAAUAAGGGACGGUGCGCGGAAUUUUUUCUUUAGCUUGUAGCCGGUGUGUGUUUGUGUAUGUGUUGUCAUUUGCAAGUGAUUUAAGAGGUCAAAGUAUACUUAUAAAAAUAAUAUAAAAAAGCACCGAUUUUAUACCGUUCUUAAAGGAAAACUGGAUUUUUCGUAAGGAAGUUAAUAAACAAAACUUUCCGGAAAGAAAAAAAAAAGUUUUGCAAAGUUUACUUGUUCACCUGUUUCGGCGCAAUCCUUCCAAGAUUUCUGAUUUGUAUAUUAUUUAUUAAAUGCUGUGAUCGAUUUAUUUUGUGAUCCUUGAAGGAUAAAAAUCGUCUGCCAAAAGGAUAUAAUCGUUUGAAAUAUUAAUUUAAAUUAUCUUUUGAGUGGUACGUUUGGUAAGUUAAUCCUUUCGUGCGACAGCUAUCUUUGACAGAUUCUUGUAAUUUGAAUGGCCAUAACAGACCGUUGCUUAUGAAGAGUGAACCAUACCCAAUUGACCAUUCCCUUGCUAUGCAAUACGAAGAUGGUAUGCCGCACUACGGCGGGAUGGACGGUCCAACGUCCCUAUACGACCCGCACGGGCAUCGGGCAAUGCAACCCCUAUCUCAUGCCCCACAUAUGAAUCACACACCCUCAAUGCACCAGUAUCACAGCAAUCAUGUAUCCAUGUCUAACCAUAUUAUGGGAACUGUACCAGAUGUUCAUAAGAGAGAUAAGGAUGCCAUAUAUGGGCAUCCUCUGUUCCCUCUGCUAGCACUGAUAUUUGAAAAGUGUGAACUGGCCACGUGUACCCCCAGGGAGCCCGGUAUAGCUGGCGGAGAUGUCUGCUCGUCUGAAUCUUUCAAUGAAGACAUAGCUGUCUUCGCCAAACAGAUUAGACAAGAAAAACCAUAUUAUUCUCCCAAUCCCGAGUUAGACAGUCUUAUGGUUCAAGCGAUUCAAGUAUUAAGGUUCCAUUUAUUAGAGUUAGAAAAGGUACACGAAUUGUGCGAUAACUUCUGCCAGCGUUACAUUAGCUGUUUAAAAGGCAAAAUGCCAAUUGAUUUAGUCAUCGAUGAAAGGGACAGCAAACCUGGUGACUUGGGAGACAAUAAUAAUAACAGCAGUAACGGUGGUGGUGGUGCUGGUGGUGGUAACAGUGGGGCAGGAGGUGGAAGGGGUAACCCUGACACCACUGGACACAGCUCAGACAACUCAUCCACUCCAGACCAAUCUUUUAUACCCUACCAGAGACCACCUUCACAAUCUCUAAACUCCUAUAGUACCGGACCUGAUGAUGCUAGAUCACCCGCCGGAUCUACAGGAACUCCAGGCCCUAUUUCACAACAACCUAGUUCACAACUUAGUACUGAUAACAACAGUGAAGCAGGUGAUGCGAGUAUCGGGUCUGGUGAUGGAACGGGUGAGGAUGAUGAUGAUGAUAGGAGUAAAAAACGUCAAAAGAAAAGAGGCAUAUUUCCAAAAGUAGCCACAAACAUAAUGAGGGCAUGGCUUUUUCAACAUCUAACGCAUCCCUAUCCAUCCGAAGAUCAAAAGAAACAGUUGGCUCAAGACACUGGACUGACAAUACUUCAAGUAAAUAAUUGGUUUAUUAAUGCUAGAAGACGAAUUGUACAGCCCAUGAUCGAUCAAUCCAACAGAGCAGGAGGAGCUGGUGCUGCGUAUGGACCAGAAAGUGCAGGAAUGGGUUAUAUGAUGGACGGAGGCCAACAGAUGCAUAUUAGACCACCAGGUAUGCAGAAUCUGUCCUGUAGUGAAGGCGCUAUGGGUAUGGGUCAUAUGGGAGGCAUGGGAGGUUACUCUCAAAUGUCCCAAUUACGCUCUCCUGUCCAUUCCCAAGCUAUGCUACUACCUGGACACCCCCAUGCCAUGAUGAUGGCUCAUGGUCCCAUGGGACAUCCUGGACUACCACCCCAAGGAUCACCUUACGACGCUUCCGGGGGUCACAUUAUGGACAUCCACGCCAGUUAAGCACUUUAUUCUCGAACAUCCAUGAUUCUUCUUGUAUCCAUGAUUGACCCUCUUCACAUGAAUGAUGCUAAAACAAUCCGUGUGGACUGUGGAUAAUUAUUUACCUCUUUAUUCAAUAGCUCUCAAUAAUCUAGGGACUCAAUAUUUUUGAAAGGAGUUGCAAACUUCUGGAGGAUACUUUAAAGAAGCUAAACAUUUCUGAAUAUUCUGAGGAAGUUGCAAACUUCAGGAUAUUCAGAGCAAGUUUCUAGAUAUUCUGAAUCAAUUGCAAACUUCUGGGUUUUCCGAAAGCGUUGCAAACUUAUGGAUAUUUCAAAGAAGCGAUACACUUUUGGAUAUUCUCAAAGAAGUUGCAAAUUUCGGUAUAUUCUGAAGAGGCUGCACACUUCUGGAUAUUCUAAAUCAAUUGAAAACUUCUAAAUGUUCUAAAGGAGUUGCAAACUUCUCUGCUACGGACACCAAGACUCAUUUCAAGUACUCUGCUCACAUUUUGAUUAUGUUCUAAGUUGAUAAACUUUUAUUAUUUUGUUAUUCUAAAUGGUAACUCCCAUUUCAAGUAACAAUAUUGAAAAUCUGUCGAUUGUUUGGAAAGUGUUACCUUUAUAAAUUUGAUAUAUCUUUCCAAAAAAUGUUGUCUUUGUAAAUAGUAUUUUGUCUGUUUAGAGGGAAAUUAAAUUGCUUUUUUUCCCCCUCUGAUGAUAGCUUGUUUGAGUUGUGAUUGGAGCUUGUAUUUUUCAUUAUUCACGAAUAAAAGGGCAUUAUAAUUACGUUCGAAAUCAUGGAACAUAAAGAUCCCCAUCAACUCUUUAUUGAAAACGAUGCAAUACUGCUUCUUUUUUUAAUUUAAGAAAGAGUAUAAUUAAACAUACAAUGAUGGAUAUUUAAAAGAUAUUGUUGUGUACAUUUGGAAGAAAAAAAUUGUAAAACGAAAGCGCUUUUUAGAAAUUUAGAUUUUUACGUUUCACGUGGGUUAAAACCCAUUUUGUAUUUGAAGAUUCAAGUCGGAAAUUUUGAAAAGGGAAACUGCCAGAUGUUAUUUAUUUUCAGCGUCACAGCUACUUUUAUUAUUACUUUUUGUUGCUAUAUUAAUAAUAUUUUGUUUAAUCUUGCUUAUUUUAACGAUUAUAAGAACAAGCUUUAAACUUAAAAUAAACAAAACUGUAAAAAUUAAAACGUAGUUUUAAAUGGAGAUAUUGUUCCUUACAAUAUACGUUCAUAAUGCGAUUAUAAUCGUUACACACACUGGCAUGUAAAUACUUACACCGUAUGAUACAUGCGUAUGUAUACGUCAUCAAUACGUAUGUACAAAUUCACUAAAUAGCAUGGUCUUUCCCUUUUGCAAUUUUUCUGAUUUCUUUACUUGUUAUAUAAAUAUAUAUAAAUAUGCAAAGCAAUUGCAAUUUUUUUCCCUUGUUGAAAGCAUGUCAAUUUUUUAACCCACUCAUAUUUGUGGGUUUUCUAAUUAUUGUGUAAUUUUUUUUUUCACAAAACUGUGACUGGGAAGUGGCAUGUUCAUUCCCUCCCACAGUUCUUGUUCUGUACAGAUUACAGGUGGCAAUGCAUUGUAUGUGAGGUAGUGUUGUAAUACGCCAUUUUAUUGGCGGUUUGUUGUCAAUAAUUACAAAAAAUGUAUUAAAUAAAGACAUGUUCCCAAAA